AAAGCAUUUCCUUUUUAGGCAACUUCUCGUCCAAAAAAUUGGAAAGUCUUUUUUCAAUUUUUUUUUUCUUCUUUUCCAUUACAAAGGGUUUUUCUUGAUCAAGCCGUGUUAGAAAAACCAAUGAAAGAUUCAAUCUUUGAAGAAAGAAAAGAGUUAAUGGUUUCACCAUUAGGUGGAAUACCACAACUAAGAAAAGCCCAUUUCUUGAAACCUAUUGUUUCUUCCAUUGAAGGUCCAAGUUUGAAGCUUGCUUCGCUUCCAUUUUCAUCUGAAUCUGAAUGGCCUUUAAAAGUUUCCUUUAAUGGUUGUAGAAAUCAGCAAAACAAAUGGAAAAAAUGGGUUGAAAACAUGGAGUCUGUUCAUCAUAUUGUGUGGAAAAAAACUGGUAUUUAUGAAGCUAUUAUGGGGUCAGUUUACAAAGUACACACUGAUCAAGAUUUGAUUUUUGGGUUGGUAGAAAGGUGGUGCUGUGAAACUAACACUUUUAUUUUUCCAUGGGGUGAAAGUACUAUUACUCUUGAAGAUAUGAUGAAUUUGGGAGGGUUCUCUGUUUUGGGUGGACAUGUUUCAUUGCCUGUUGAAUCCCCUGAGUUGGUUGAAAUUGAAAGAAACCUUGAAAAAGCGCGUAAUGACCUUAUCAGAUUGAAGGCUGAUAAUCAUAAUAAGUGGUUGAGUUUUUUCAUGAACAGUGGUAAAAAAUUUGAACAUGAAGCUUUUCUUUCUCUUUGGUUAUCAAGAUUUGUGUUUCCUGGAAAUGAGUGUGAUAAAAUAGGUAGACAUGUUUUCUCUAUUGCUGUUAAUCUUGCUAGAGGUUCGCGAUUAGCGCUUGCUCCUGCUGUUCUUGCUAGUAUAUAUAGAGACUUGAGCUUGUUGAAACAAAGUAUGAUGAUUGCUUCAUCAAAUGAGCCAAGUAGUAAUGGAGAUGAUGGAGAUGGUUUUAACAUUCUAGAAUUUACUCUUUGGGCACCGUUGUUCUUUGUUCAAGUUUGGGCUUGGGAGAGGUUAGUGCCUUUGAAGCCUGAGCAGGCUCGGAAUUGCAAGAUGGCUAAGAGGCUGAGAAUUGGACGAUGGCAUGAUGCGAAAAAAUCGGGUGUUAUUAACGUGAGGAUGACUAUUGACUCGUCUGGAGAUAUAUUUCUGUGGAGGCCAUAUGCUUUGGCUGUGGAAGGCUGGUUAAUUCCCAAGUUUUAUAAGGAAAAAGAGGAGUUGGCAAUAGUUGAAGGUGCAAAUUUGGAACAAGAAUUUGAGUCUUUCAUUCGAUGUUUGAGGGUAUCUGAGCUUGUUGGUUUAGAUUGUCAAGAACCUUAUCGACCAAAUCGUGUAGCAAGACAGUUUGGAUAUGAUCAAGACUUUCCUAAAUGGAUUCCUCGCUCGUCUUCAAGUCCAGAACUUGCUUGGUACAACUAUAGCAGACCCAUUGAGAAUGAUUUGAGGUUAUAUUAUCCAUAUAGGUUGUUUGAAUCGGAUGUCACAACACAAUAUUUGAAAUGGUGGAAAAAAGAAAUAUUAUUUCUAGCUGAUGAAGUAAAAGGAUUGUUGCGUGGACGAAGGAGUAAAAGAAGAUUAAAACGGCUAUCUAACCUUUGUGAUUCUCCUGUUUUUGCUCCCAAGUUAAAGCAAGUGAAAAUAGAAACUGAUUAUGAUGUUUGUGAUGUUCUUUCUGGUCCACCCAAAGUGAAGAAUUACCCUGAUGUUCCUCCUGGUUUUGCUCCCAAGUGUGUUGGGGAAAAUGACAAGAAAUUUUUGUCUAUUGAAGUUUCACAAACAAUGGCUUGCGACAUUGUGACUCAUGGUUCAGUGGAGAAGAAUGCAUCAGAAGAAAGAAUUUACACAUCCACUGACUAUGACCACGACAGAAAUGAGGGUAAAAGUGAUUCUUUUGAUGUUCUUCCUGUUCUGCAUACUAAAGGUCAAUUAAAACAAGUGAAGAAUUACCCUGAUGUUCCUCCUGGUUUUGCUCCCAAGUAUUGUGGGGGAAAUGACAAGAAGAAUAUGUCUAUGGCAGUUUCACAAACAAUGGUUCACAACAUCAUGCCUCCUGGUUUUGUGGACAAUCAUACUGCAGGAAAAAGAACUUACAUAUCCACUGACUAUGAGCAUGACAAAAAUGAGAGUAACCUUUGUGGUUCUCCAGUUUUUGCUCCCAAGUUAAAGCAGGUGAAACUAGAAACUGAUUGUCAUGUUUGUGAUGUUCUUCCUGGUCCACCUAAAGUGGAGAAUUACCCUGGUGUUCCUCCUGGUUUUCCUCCAAAGUGUAAUGGGGAAAAUGACAAGAAGAAUUUGUCUAUUGGAGUUUCACAAAUGGCUUGCGUCGUUGUGCCUCCUAUUUCAGUGGAGAGUCAGACUGCAGGAGAAAGAGUAAUUCACACAUCCACUGACUAUGCACAUGACAGAAAUGAGAUUAACAGUGAUAUAGCUCCCAAUCCUGUGACCAACGAGCAGAAAAGAGGGGAAAGAACCAGCUGUCAUGAUCUUGUAAUGGUUAUAGAAGCUGGUCUUAGCAGGCUUGAGAGACAAGCUGCUUCAUGCAAGAGACGCUAGAUUCAAUGUAGUUUGAUUUCAAAUGCCUAUUUAUAAUCCUUUUUUGUGGUUUACUUGUUCCAGAGGGGUCGCUUAGUUUUCCUCUUUCAAUUUUCUGUUUACAUUCUCUUUUGAUUAGUUAAUGUACAGAGUCUACAUGAAUAGUCUGUUUCUAGUUAUCCCAGUAAGGAAUGUCUGCAAUGCUGCUGCAUAUUUAUCAAAAGUUUUAUGAAUCCUUUGUAAAGAUCAUCGCUCCGAAGAAGGUCCGAAGAAUUUUGUUAAGUCACUGGUGUAAAGAACGUUUUAAUUAACAUAUCUUCUAUUAUGAAGUAGUAGAAUAUGGUAUACUGUUGCAUUGUUGAUCAGAUCUUUGUAUUGUGAAUUAACCUGCUGGUAGAAUCUACAUAUCUGAUGCAAAAUUGCAUUUGUCAAUUUUGUGUUGCUGCUUCAUGAUUGUAUUCUUUUAAUAUAUUAUGAUUUGAGUAGGUACUAUCAUGUUUCUUUUUA